CUUCAUUCUGCUGCUCGCUCUCUCCCUCUCGGUUUCGAUCAAGCUUGCAAGCUGCGAAAAGGAGCUUAUGUCUCACGGUAUCUCCUUAUUUUAAGCUCUACGAGCCCAUUUAUAGGUCUUACUCUCCGCUCAAUCCGUGUUCUCCCGAGUCCUUUCUAGCAGCUCCUCUGAUUUGCCCCGCGCGCAAGAACGAACAGCGGGCAAGUGAAUGGCAGUGUGCUAUUGUAUCAUCAAAAGAUGUCUCUGAGAGCAAGGCAGAAGAUCCGCGCUCCGCGGAGGGGUCUCAACACCAACAAAACCGAUGACUUCGAGACGAACUGGGAUGGUUUGUCAACGGCUUUGAAAAAGAUUCACACGAAAGAUGCAUCCAGCCUCUCCUUCGAGCAGUUAUAUCGGAACGCCUACAACAUGGUGCUUGCGAUGCGCGGUGAGGAGUUAUAUGAGCGGGUGAAAAGGCUAGAGAAAGAAUGGCUCGCCACCGAAGUACAGAAAUGGGUGACUUCAGCCAUCUCAUCCAUGCUACUGCAGUCGAAAGACCAGGUCGAGAUACAAGAUCAAGAAAACGAGCGGCGGGAUACCGGGGAGAAGUUUCUGAGUGUAUUGAGGGAGGCCUGGGAGGACCAUCAGAUCUGUAUGGGAAUGAUUACAGACGUUCUCAUGUACAUGGAUCGAGUCAUCUCGGCGGACCAUAAAAAGCCUUCGAUAUACGUCGCCUCCAUGGCUUUGUUUCGUGACUAUGUGUUACGCUCUGCGGCCCGUUCCGAUACGGAAUCUACGGUUGCUGAUGUGCUCAAGUCUACUGUGCUCUUUAUGAUCCAGCUAGAAAGGUCGGGUCAGAUGAUAAACCGGCAGCUGAUUCGGCAUUGCAUCUAUAUGCUCGAGGGUCUUUACGAAACCAUAACAGAAGAGGAGUCAUCAAAGUUAUAUCUAACCAUGUUCGAACCGGAUUUCCUAGAGACGAGCAAGAUCUUCUAUAAUGCAGAAGGAAAACGGCUGCUGGAGAUGGGAGACGCCGCUGCAUUCUGUAAAGCUGCAUCUGAUCGCAUAGCGGAGGAAAGAGAGCGCUGUCUCUCUACACUAUCACCUCUUUCAGAGCCGAAAAUCAAAGAGGUACUAGAUCGAGAGCUGAUCAGCUCAAAUAUUACGGAAGUCAUCAACCUGGAGGGCACCGGUAUCAAGAAUAUGCUAGACAAUGACCGCAUGGAUGUUUUACGAAAUGUCUACUUACUGAGCGCAAGGGUAGACAAUAAAAAGGGCCCUCUAACUGCUGCGGUUCAGAAGCGCAUUGUGGAACUGGGAGACGAAAUUAACAAAUCGGCAAUUGCAGCAGGCCAAGUUUUAUCUACAAGAUCGGCAGAGAAGGGCGAUAACAGUGGAAAGAAACCCACUGAGAGGGAGAAGCCCAUGAAUCAGCAGACCGUGUCUGCUAUCAAGUGGGUUGACGAUGUACUAGGCUUGAAGAACAAAUUCGACAAGGUUUGGGAGGAAUCAUUCAGGUCCGACCCAACGAUGCAAAGUGCCAUUACGACGAGCUUCUCACAGUUUAUCAAUUCAAAUACACGCAGCUCCGAGUAUCUAUCACUCUUCUUUGAUGAGAACCUGAAAAAGGGCAUCAAGGGUAAAACGGAAACCGAGGUGGAUGCUCUCUUGGACAACGGCAUAACUCUGCUGCGCUAUGUGAAGGACAAGGACCUUUUCGAAGCGUACUACAAGAAGCAUCUUUCUCGGCGUCUUCUUAUGAAGCGCUCGGUUAGCAUGGAUGCGGAGCGGCAGAUGAUAUCCAAGAUGAAGAUGGAAGUCGGCAACCAGUUCACCCAACGCUUAGAAGCCAUGUUCAAGGAUAUGACGGUUUCGGAGGACUUGACUACUAGCUACAAGAACCAUAUGCGGCGGGCAGGUGAUCCGGAUCAGAAGCCUAUCGACUUAGAAAUCAAUGUUCUUACCAGUACUAUGUGGCCCAUGGAAGCCAUGUCUAGUAUCAAGGGUGGGGAAGCCCAGCCUGCUUGCAUCUUCCCCAAGGAGAUUGACAAGGUGAAGCAAAGCUUUGAACAGUUUUAUCUUAGCAAGCACAAUGGCCGGAAACUAUCAUGGCAAGCUAGUAUGGGCACGGCAGAUAUUCGGGCUACCUUCCAUAGGUCCAACGGCAAAGUCCAACGACAUGAACUCAAUGUUUCCACCUAUGCCAUGGUCAUCCUAUUACUUUUCAACGAUGUGCCUCAAGGCGAAUUUCUCACAUAUGAAGAGAUACAAGCCCAGACAAGGGUUCCGGAUCACGACUUGAUUCGUAACUUGCAGUCGCUAGCAGUCGCGCCUAAGACCCGGGUCUUGAAGAAGGAUCCUAUGAGCAAGGACGUCAAACCCACCGACAAGUUUUUUUUCAACCACGAGUUCCAGAGUCCAUUUAUGAAAGUACGCAUUGGCGUUGUCAGCGGUAGCGCCAACAAGGUGGAGAAUCAAGACCAACGGAAAGAUACAGAGAAGCGAAUGAGUGAUGAGCGCGGCGCCAGCAUCGAAGCUGCAGUCGUGCGAAUCAUGAAGCAACGGAAGAAACUCGUCCACUCCAAACUUAUGAGCGAGGUUCUAAGCCAGUUGUCCGCCCGCUUCGUUCCCGACGUGAACAUGAUCAAGCGGCGCAUCGAAAGUCUGAUCGACCGCGAGUAUCUCGAGCGGGUUGAGGAAGAUCCGCCUACAUAUGGAUACGUCGCAUGAUCGUACUCCUACCACUCCCCCUGGGCAAAAUAGAUUGACUCGUUUUAUUCGAUUGAUGACAGUUUCUUUGCUUUUCUCUCUGGGCGUUCUUGUUCGUGUGCAUGGACAAAGAUUUUGGGCUUAGCGGUCAGGCGCAACGGCGGAUAAUGUUCAUGCUAUAGAUCAUGUCUCGGCGUUUUUACUGUCUUUUACUGCAUCCUCGGAGAUCCGAUGAGUUUUUACUAGUGUAAGGUUAAUGGCGGACCAACGCUCCACACUGAGCUAUACAAUGCAUGAACCAGCAAACAACCCAAGAUCUAGAUCUAAGAAAU